ACCGUCAGCUACUACUCACUUCUUGAUGUUGUAAUAAGUGAAAUCCGGGGAGGACCGCACUGGGAAGGCAGCGGCAUAUAUUACUGUUGGCAAAGCAUUUGGAGAAGGCUGGAUUGUAAUCAUGCGGCGUGGGGAGCAUGUUCCACAGGCUUUCCAAGCUCCGGUGGAUGUCCACGCCAGUGCAGAUGGCCAGGUGUACAUGUUCAAGAGGAGGCCGAAUGAGUCUGCCGCAUCCUCAGACGAUGACGAGCUCAGUGUCAUGGAGAUGAGGCCACGGGCUUUCCAAAGGCAGGAGCAGGACAGACUGAGGAAUGUCCAGCUGCUCGAGCGGGAGGUGUUGGAUGGUGACAAUCUCAACAAGCUCGCACUGCAGUAUGGCUGUAAGGUGGCAGAUAUAAAGCGGGUCAACAAUCUUAUACAGGAGCAAGAUUUGUUUGCACUGAAAUCCAUCAAAAUACCAGUUCAGAAACACAGCUUUUUAACAGAGACUUACUCAGACCUAAAUGACCCUCAGGAGGAAAUGCCACAUUCAUCAACCACACUGGUGGAGCCUCAAGACAGAGCCAGAGCCCAACCACAUCUACAUGAGGUCACAGACUUUCUUAUGGAGGUGGACAAUGAUAUUGAGAAACUGAUUCAGACCACAAAUGAUCAUGAUACGGAUUUCAUGGAUGACUCUGAGAGACCACAAAGGUUUGGGUUCAGAGGAAAGCGCCUCAUCAGUCACGGUGCAGACUGGGGCAUCCAGUGGUGGAACGCUGUGGUUGCUAUGCUCCUGAUAGGCAUUGUCCUGCCAUUAUUUUAUGUGAUUUAUUUCAAAACAAAACAUAAUGGAGUAGCUUCGCCAGCAGAUGGUAGUGGUGCAUCACUGUCAACUGUCACGUCUUCAAACAGCUCAGAGCCAGGCCUUGGUACUGGAGGACCUAAGCAAGAACCAGGAUAGUGCAGACUUCAGUCUCAACAAAGCAGUCAUUGUUAGGAAUUUUGGGUCUCAUAAGUAGGCGACAAUCAAGAUUAAGCCAAAUCUCUUACGAUGUAAGAUGAACUCAAUACCAGCAUGGGUCUAAUUUCCAGCAGUUAAGUUUUAUUAUACUGUAACUGUGAUGCAGAUACUUGAACUGAAAUAGCUGCACACUGGUUUCAUUUUUUACAUUUCAUCAAAUAGCUUUAUAAAAACUUUAUGAAAUACACUUUAUAAAAUACACUUCCCUGAAAAUGUCGCUCUUGAUGAGGUUGAUCGCUGAUCCUGUGACAAAAUUUUGAUGCUUGUUGGGAUUACUGUUCCUUGGUUGGUUUAUUAAGUUUGAUGAUUAUGUUUUAAGUUUCAAGCUGAACAUUAUUUGCAAAUGGAAAUAUCUUCUUUUUUUUCUGGGGAAAAAAAAAUCCACCCUGUUUGCAUUUCUGUAUCACAACCUGCCUUUUCAACAGUGCCUGUUGUCACUAUCUACACAUAAUGUAUCAUCAUAUCAGUAUAAUCUAUCAGGCAUCAUUUUGAUAUCUGUCCCAAUAGAGAAACAUAUUUUUACAGCGCUCCCCUCUUUAAACAGUACUCCCCUUUUGCAAAACCAUGUUGGGUUACCAAGUAUUUGACACGGGUUUGAGCUUUAUUUGUGUGCUUUUUUGGAUAUAACUUAUUUUGUGUGUUUAUAUGUCCUUUUUUUUCAUUGUUUAUGUUCCUCGUGCCUUCUCUCUGGGUCUGAAUUCAGUGCCAAAAGUGUGAAUUGUGUUUACAGUAACAGUGUGGUGCAAUAUACUGUAUUUUGUUAGAGGUUGUAUUCAUUUGACAGUGCAGUCUUUAAAAUACAAGGAUGAAAACUACAUCAACUCAUCUACAAGUUCUCUGAAUUAAAUGUGAGCAAUACAUUAGGAAAGUGCCUUAAAGAUUUCUUGUCAAGUUUAUAUAACAUUGCACACUUCAUCUUACAUUGUUUGAUGGGCAAUUAAGUCAAAGUGGAUUUGUGUGGCUUGUCCAAUGCACUUUUUAUAGUAUUUUAAUUUAAUGAGCCUGGAACGAUUCUUCUGUUGACACAUUUUUCAAACUUUUAAGUCAAUUUGUAAACCAUUUUUAGAUGGGAAAAUUGACAUGAUGGAUGUGUUAGACUGAAUCUCUUCAUUCAGCAUGUUCCUAUUUGAAUACAAACUUUAAAGUGUGAAUUGAAGUAUUCUCUGA